AUGAAGAGGGGGCCGAAAAAGUAUAGCCCAACAAGACCAUCAUCUGGCAAGAGGACGAAGGCGGAGGCAGUGCGAGUGUGGGACAAGCUUGAUACAGGCAAGCGCGGAUUCGUGACUGUUCAUGACGUGCUGAAGCAAGCUAAGAUUUUGGAAGCCGAAUGUCCGGACUUCAUACGCGAGUACGAAUCUGUUGCGAGAGAUGGGCGCGUGACACGUGCGGCUUUCCUGGAAUACUGUGUUGGGAAGGCAGCGACUGCCGAGGAUCGACAACGCAAAGUUGACAUGGUGCAGUUGCGAAAGAUGUUCGAUGAGGUUGCAGGUCCUGCUGGACAGAUCCGCGUGGCUGAUCUCAUCAAGCACCGUGCACGGAUCCAGGCUGUUUUCCCGCCGCUGUUGGAGAAGUUUUCGGAAAUUGACCUCAGCAUGUCCUCCACCGUCAGCUGGGCUGAGUUGGAAGUCUAUGCUGGCGGUACUGGGGAGUGGCUUGAGUACCAAUUGGAUCGUGUUGUGGGUCUUGAGCUGCUGAAGCAGCAAAUACGACAGUUUCACCAUUCCGUGGUCCUGGACAAGAAGCGUGAGGAUGCUGGGCACAAAGUGAAGACGGGUGGAAAGUAUCACAUGAUCUUCCAGGGCAACCCAGGCACUGGUAAAACGUCUCUUGCCAGGGUCAUUGCGCAACUGCUGCACCGAAUUGGCAUCGUCCAGACGGACUUGCUUGUCGAGGUGCAACGGGACAAGCUUGUUGCUGAAUACGUCGGGCAGACUGGACCGAAGACCCAAAAAGUCAUCGAGCAGGCAAAGCAGGGUGUCCUUUUUAUUGAUGAGGCGUACCGGCUGAGCCAAGACAACGGAAAGAGCGACUUUGGCCGGGAAGCAAUCGAGCAGCUUAUGGGUGCCAUGAAUGACCCUCCCGGUAAGGCACCCAUCAUGGUCUUUGCCGGAUAUGCAGACGACAUGGACUUGUUCAUGCAGGCCAACUCAGGCCUGUACCGGCGCAUCGGGUACACUUUUGAUUUUAGCGAUUACUCUCCCAGAGAGCUAUCAGAGAUUCUGAACUCCAUCGUUCGAGGAGCUGGCUUCAAGUUAGCACCAUCGCUCGCUACGAACAAUUUUCAUCGGCUGGCUGCAGUCAUUGAAUCAAAUACGUUGGAACAAGCCCGUGAGAUGAUGAAUGGUGGCCUGUGCGAACGUCUCUUCGACUUUGCAAAGCAGUCGCUAGACGCACGUGAGGCCGUGGUUUCAGCCACCAAUCCUUCUCUGGAGAUUACGGAAGGCGACAUCCUGGAGGCUUGCCGCCGGAUACCUCCUCCGCCCGCACGCGAUCAGCGCGACACCGGGGACCAGACGAUGCUUCUUCGGCGGACGGAGGCUCAGCUCCGAACUGCAAAAUCUGAGGUUCAGCGGCUGCACGCGCAGUUGCGGGCAGUAAAGGCAGUUAGUGCACAAAACGUUGCCUGGAGAGAAGCCGACGGUAUCCCUGACUACUCCUUCAGGUUCUGCUGCACAUAUUCUUGGGGCUGCAUUUGCUUCUUUACUGUACGAGCUAUGCGCAGAUGCCUGGGUGCUUGCCAAUGCCCAAAGCGGCAAAAGACUCUCGACGUAAGUUCCACUCCAGUGAUCCAGAUCAAAGAAUCGGAUUCCCCGCCACAACUUCUUUCACCCUAG